AUGGUUUCCAAUGUUUUCUAUAUAAUCUGUUUCACUUGUCUCGCAUUUGUCUCACCGCAGAGGCCAUAUUACCCAAAUCAUUGGUAUGGAGCAAAUCAGGGAAAUAUUCAUAGUGGGGUUGUACCUGAAUACAAUCCAGUUCCAAAUACCAAUAUAGGCACUUUGGCACCACAUGUUUGCGGCUUCAACACAUUCACGAGGAAAUGUAUGGAUCCGGAGGGUUACUGCCCUGGCACUUGCAUGAACUUCCGAUAUACAUACAACACACUCUACGACUGUCGUUGUUUGGUUAUUAAAAAAUGA